UAAGUGACAAUGAUUCCUUCUCUCUUCAAUGGAGGAUUGUACUGCUGUCCACAAUUAUCCCUCUGUGGGACUGGACGCAGACUGUGGGGACAGGCUGGUCAGGUGCCAGCAAGGGUCUCUGAGUGUGAGCUAGUGAGGUCACACUGUGGAUAAUACCAGUAUCAACGGUGCUGAUAAAACCAGGUCUGAGCAGACUGAUUUGAGUGAAGGAGUGGCAGCUUUGUGUGGAAGGGAGCAUGGGAACAGACUGGGUAGAGCUGAGGUUUAGUGAAGCAUUAGAGGAGUGUGAGGAGAAGGAGGACCUGCAAGAUCCAGAUUACAGAUAUCGUAAAGAUGAAAUCUUCAAGCGGUUAAAGGUGACAACAUUUGCACAAUUGAUACUUCAGGUAGCCUCUGUGUCGGACCUGAAUGAAAGUGAGAAUGACAGUGAAUUACAUGGCCCUGAAGACGGCCUGUCGGUAGUGUCUGAUGCAGACCUGGAGUGUCUGUCUGAACACACCAACGGCUCCACACACGCGUCACCUCUUUCAGAUCGGCAGGAUGCAGGCGACACCAGGGAAAUCUGCUACUCUGCCAGGUCAACACUGCUAAGCGUUAUCAGCGGUGUGGGGGAGCUGAACCUCGACAGGAACAGUCAGAGGAGGGAGAACGAGGUGUCCAGCCCCGAGCUGGCUGACAGGCCCUACCCCGACUGCCCCUACCUGCUGCUGGACGUACGGGACCGAGACCAGUACGACCGCUGUCACAUUAUCAGCGCACACAGUUUCCCCAUUGCCACACUGUCUCGAACAAUGAACCCCUACACCAAAGAAGUGCUGGAAUAUAAAAACGCAGCGGGGAAGAUCAUCAUUGUGUAUGAUGAGGAUGAGAGAAUAGCCAGCCAGGCAGCCACCACCAUGUGUGAACGAGGAUUUGAAAAUCUGUUUAUGCUGUCUGGAGGUCUCAAGGUAAUAGCUCAGAAAUUUCCAGAGGGGAUGACGACGGGCUCCAUUCCGACCUCGUGCCUGUCCUCUCCCACGUCGUCGAAGGGGAAGAAGAGCUCUGUGCAGCAGCAGCAGCAGUUGCAGGCAGCGGAGAGGAGGUGGCGGUUUACGUCAGACGAGCUGGCCAAGAUCCAGGAGCAGCUGGAGGAGAUACUCAUCCCAAGUAACUCCAACAGUCGCAUGUCCAGCCGCAUGUCAACCAUCAGCUCGCAGUCUAAAGCGUCCAGCGCUCGAAGUCGACAGAGUUCCUCCACAGCCGGGAGGGAUAGCGCCAGGGUUCAAAGCAGCAGACCCUGGAAAUAACCCCACCCACCCUCGACCACACAGAUACACACAAUCAAACAUACCUCCAACACAAAGUCCAUCUAUUUCAGGUUACACGCCCCCACCACCACUCCAUCGCUGUAAAAGAAACACACCUCUGGUCCUGUCUGCAGAAUAAUCCUCCACCAUACUGCUGUACUGUUCAUCAACAGUGACCAAAAUAAAUUCUAAUUCGGACUUAAUUCACAAAUUCACAAAUAAAUACCCCACCCUGCAUCUUCACUGAUGGAUGUAUAUUAUUAUCCACUGACUACAGUUUCUUCUUUCUUAACAUACUGAAUAAAUUGUGUAUAUUUAAAUGUUUGUCAUCUGUGAACCUGAAAACUGAUAGAUCUCAUUGCACUCAAGUUAACAUUUCAUGUAACACUAUUCUUCUUUUUUCACCAGGGUAUGAAUCUGUACAAAUAAUCACUUAUUUCUAUGGAUGAUUUGUUCAAAUUCAGUUUGUUUUUUUCUGAGGUCAUGUUUAGCUCAUGUUUGUCAGCAAAUACGUGGCAUUCCUAAAAGACAGGCAGAGUAACUGAAUGUUGACGUGACAUGAAGGAUAUGCUGGGAAUUUCUGUAUUGAAUGAGGUACAAAUAAUGUUACAGAGCUUUGCUGUAUUUUUGUAAUAUGCUUCGUACUGUCAUGACGUCUUAUUGUGAUUCCUUAACAGACGAUGCACCAACAGCCUUCGUGUGCAAGCUUUGCAUCCACUUACACACUAAUGUCCUAAUGUUACUGUGACUUUUAUUCUUUUUUUUCCUGUGUGUGUGUGUGGGAUCAAAGUACUGUAUGUUGUGAUCACACUGACUGAUUCGUUGAGGCCUUCUGCAGUGUCAUUCAAGGAAGGAAAUGGGCAUUUUGUCACGUAUGUAACAAAGUUACAGCAGCACUUCACUUCCUAUAGAUGCAUUUUAAAAAGCAGUAUUUCUAAUUUGUGGCCUUUUGUUUUGUUGGUGUGUUGGUGACUUGCUCCAUUGUGCUUGGUUCCCUUCGUACACUCACACAGUCUCCUGUGAAGUGCUUUAAUGAAAAUAUGGACUUAUCCAUUUUUGUGAAUAUUGUGUUUUCAUCAUCGGUCCUAACCGACUCUAACCAGCUGAUCACAUGGUUUUGUUGGUAAAUUAAUGUGUAUGAAUAAAGCAUAUGAUUGUUUACCUUA